GAGAGAGAGAGAGAGAGAGAGAGAUGUAGUUGGUGCUGUGGGGAGGGUCUUUGGCAGACAGGAUAAGUACCGCUGAGCUGCACUGCUUCUCCAGUCUCUUGCCUUAUCUCCAGUCCAGAGGACAUACCGCUACAUCAAACAGAUCAUCUGAUGAUGGAUUUUAUUCCGGUUUCAGGGAACCUGUGAACGUCCUUGGCCUCCCACAGUUAAUGUGACAACCCACAAAGAAAGUCACAGUGGUGACAUUUUUCAAAAGCCAUUGAAACGGACACAGAGAAGAAAAGACACGAAAGCAAUUAGUCGUGACUUUCAUCUUUAUUCUUAAUCCAUCCCACUUAAUUAUUAAGAUCUAUAAUAAGGUUAUAAGAAAUAAUUUGGCAUAGUCAUCUCAGAGCAAGAUAUCUUCACCAAUUAAGAGCAUGCCGCCAGAAUUACCUGUUGGAGUGCCCACUCUGCUCCUUGGCUUAUUGCUGCUGUGGGACCCCCUGGUGGCCAGGGGUCAGAAUGACACUGAGCCCAUUGUGCUGGAGGGGAAAUGUCUCGUGGUCUGUGAUUCCACACCAUCUUCAGAACCAGCAAAUAAUGCACUGGGCAUGUCGGUGCGCUCAGGAACCGGCCGGGUGGCUUUCUCUGCAACACGCCAAACCAACCACGAACCCACAGACAUGAGCAAUCGCACCAUGAUCAUCUACUUUGACCAGAUUUUGGUGAAUGUUGGUGGUCAUUUUGACCAGGAGAGCAGCAUCUUCUUAGCUCCGAGAAGAGGGGUGUACAGUUUCAACUUCCACGUAGUAAAAGCUUACAACAGACAAACCAUACAGGUGAGCUUGAUGCUCAAUGGAUGGCCAAUGAUUUCUGCCUUCGCUGGGGACCAGGAUGUAACCCGAGAGGCAGCCACCAAUGCUGGUUUAGUGAUCAUGGAGAGGGGCGACAAGGCCUACCUGAAACUGGAGCGGGGCAACCUGAUGGGAGGCUGGAAGUACUCCACCUUCUCUGGCUUCCUGGUCUUCCCCUUGUAAAUACAAAAGGGCUGGGCAGAGAAGCUGCGUUGAGGCGAGGGAAGGUGGAAGCAGUGGCUGGUUUUCCAGGCCCAGAGUUUUAGGCCUGGACCAACAGUAUUUUCAAUGCGACAUGCCUACUGACAUGUCAUUUUUUCAAGCUUAAUCUAUGUAUUUGUCUGGAAAACCAGCCCAAUGAAUGCACUCACUGGCCCCUUUAUUACAUACACCAACUUUGAAUCUACUAUACUUUUUUCCAUGUACCAUAUAGGUACACUGUGUAGUUCUAAGGUUACUUGUAGUCCAUCUGUUUCUCUAAUUUCUUAGCCUUACCCUGCUUAUCAGUGGUCUGGCCCACCACUGAGCAGGUAAUAUUUGGGCAGUGGAUCAUUCUCAGCACUGUUUCUAGGCAUUCUUGGCAUAUGCCUGGUUAAACAAAUAUCUUUUUAAUCUAGAUUUGAAGCAUCUAUCACGUUUGCGUUCCUAAAAUCCUCUGAGAAUGCUAUUCCAGAGAUUAGGAUCUACUGUAUGUUUGAGAGUGAUCUUCAACCAACUGAGCUGUAAGUGAUCCUAGGAGUUUGCAGUAAGCCUGACUCGGUUGAGGCAAGUGGUCUGGACAGGCUUCAACAGAGCAAGGCCUAUAUAUGGAACAUGGACCUGCAUUGGCCCAUGACUGUAGAUGCAAGGUAGGUGUUCCUAAUAAAGUGGCCAGUGAGUCUGUAUCAGAGAAGAGGACAUUUGUGAUGCAAAAUAUAGAUUUUGUCCUAAUUCUAAUUAUAGUUUUAAUUUUUAUUUGAAUUCUAUCUUUUUCGAGUAAGAGUUCUUGAGAGAUGAAUAAAAACUACAGAAACUUUUGUAGUUGAAUAGAAAAAUUGGCUAAAAUUAAACAGAUAAUUCAUUUGAAUGUGACUUUUUUUCUGAUAGCACUGUUAUAAAACAUCUAUAAUGCAUAUUCUUUUCCCUUUCACAGUUACCUACAAAACCUGGUGUUCGGUUAAAGCUUUCUUUCCACUUACAGGGUUGCACUUCUCUUCUUCUUAUUUCAUUCUACCAUCACCUGUUUUUGAGACAUAUAUAUGAAGUUUGUAAAGCAAAAUAAUAAAUUUAACUGCUUAUUUAAACAUUA